AUGACCACCGAUUCAACAUCGAAUAUUACUUAUUUGUCGAUUGGAAUUUCACAGGGAAGUGCUGGAAACAUGGGACACAGGUUGCCAAUAGCCGAAAGGUUUUAUAAAGAUUUCAGGUGUAACGUGAUAUUACUGUCUUACAGAGGAUAUGGCCAUAGCGAAGGAACCCCUUCGGAAAAAGGCAUUCGCAUGGACACGCAGGCUAUUCUAGAUUACAUCAAACAAGAUCCAUCAUUAAAAGACACCAAACUUAUAAUAUACGGACAAUCACUUGGGGGCUCUGAAAUCUGCAUUAAACAAGGCCGUACGGACGGACACAAACUCAUUAACACCAUUGAACUUCCUAUACAGCAAAGGAUAAUUUCCCACGUAGCGCCAAAGUUUCGAUACAUUUCUUUCAUCUGCUCCGAAAUUUGGCCAUCCGAUAAGAGCAUCGUGAGAAUCAAAAGCAUUCCAAUAUUGUUCAUUUCCGGGACGAAAGACGAGAUCAUUCCGCCGCGACAAAUGAGAACACUAUAUGAAUUGGCGGCUACCACCGGAAGAAAGGAAUGGAAAGAGGUCAUAGGCGGAUCGCACUACGAUACUGUCACCAAACCCGAGUAUUUUGAGAUUAUCGGAGAGUUUUUAAGGAAGGAAAAUCUGGGAGUUUGA